CGCUCGCGGAUCCCGGGGCCGAAGUGAAGCCCAGCUCGCUGGCCCGGCCGCCGCGCAGCAUCUUCCGCUCUGCGCGCCCCUGGGGUCGCCGUGGGCAGCAGGGGAGCUGGAAUACGGUGUUUAAUGAAAGAUCGGCGCUGAAGGGGCGACCAUGGCAGGCUUCCUAGAUAACUUCCGGUGGCCGGAGUGCGAGUGCAUCGACUGGAGCGAGAGGAGGAACACCGUGGCGUCCGUGGUGGCCGGCGCGCUGUUUUUCACAGGCUGGUGGAUAAUGAUCGACGCGGCCGUGGUGUACCCCAAGCCGGAGCAGCUGAACCACGCCUUCCACACGUGCGGCGUCUUCUCCACGCUGGCCUUCUUCAUGAUAAAUGCUGUGUCCAAUGCUCAAGUGAGAGGGGACAGCUACGAAAGCGGCUGUUUAGGAAGAACAGGUGCUCGAGUUUGGCUCUUCAUCGGUUUCAUGUUGAUGUUUGGGUCGCUUAUUGCUUCCAUGUGGAUUCUCUUUGGCGCGUAUGUUACACAGAACACGGAGGUUUAUCCAGGACUAGCAGUGUUUUUUCAAAAUGCACUUAUAUUUUCAAGCACCUUGAUCUACAAAUUCGGAAGAACCGAAGAGCUGUGGAGCUGAGCUCGGGCCCUGGGCCGCAUUCUCCUCUGUUACAUUCUGUUUGUAGAUAAGUUUUUAUCUUUUAAUAUAGUUUCCACAUUGCCAAAUGGAAUAGAUUGUACAUUAAAUGCGUUUCUUUAUACUUUUAUGCUCUGAGUUUUGAAACAGUUUUAUGAAAUCUCUGGGGUUUUUUAAUGACUAGAUUGUUACUAUGUAUAUAAGGCUGUGGAGAUGGGACAGUGCGUGCCAGUCCCUUGUUCCCGACUGAAGGCUGACCCGCGUCCUGGGCCUGUCGCCGGGAGGCAGGUCUUCUGUCCCGGUGUCUCUGAGCUCCGACCACGCACGAAAGCCACAGCUCCGGACAGCUGAGUAAGCACUGAGCCAUUGGAAAGGGUAUUUCAGCAAGUCGUAAUUUAUUUUGGCUUAAAAAUGAGAUUGUUUUUAAGGAAACAUGUUCUUGUGCGUUAAAGAAGUGGACUUUUAUAUGGAGUUUUUUUUACAUGCUGGAAGGACUAGUUUGAAAGCCUGUUUUAAAAACGUUUCCUUCAACGUGACUGUAUUUGGGG